UAAGAAAUGGUAUCAGAUGAUAUUUGGGGCAAACAAGAAGAGAUCUUGUAUCCGACUUCUGACGAAGAAUAUCGGAGACCUAAAAGAAUCACUUCAGAUAUCAGAGGUAGGGCAAAUGUAAGAAUUUCUGCUGUUAUCUUCAUUACGCUCUUGGCGUUACAAAUAAUUUACUACCUUUACUUUAACUCAGGUGAUCUUACUAUAGUACCAUGUGGUACAAUACCGUUCAUCUACAGAUCUCCGAACGAUGGAAAGUACUAUCAGGGUGAAAUAGGGUUCGAUGUAACAUCUCCUUGCUCUUGCCGAGCCUCUUUUGUAGAAGAAACUCGGAAGUUUUGUAUUGAAUGUGCUUUAACUAAAAUGGGAGAGUUUAGAUCAGCAGGGGGUGUUUUCUACAUAAGGCAUAACGGUUGUCGGACUUCAAAAGUGGCUUUAGGAGUGAAGCAUUUUUCACCGUCUCCCCACGACUAUGUUACAGGAGAGUGUGGCAUACCUCUUUAUACUAAUAAUUAUGCUAUUUCUAUGUGAACAGGUUAUAAUAUAUAUACUUUAAGCCGG